UUACUGCAUCUACGUCUACGUUUGCGCCUAAGCAAGCUGGCGAUCAUGCUAUUACCGCUACAGCUACUUCCAAUAUAAAUGGCAUGAGUGCGGCAGCAACUGGUGGGGAGGCCAAACUAGAAGCUAAAGGAAGCAAAAACGAUUACGCUGCUGUGGUGCCCAUCAAAACAGCCACAGUUUCUUCGCGCCUGCCUGGUCCGAGUAUAUUAAAAGCUAGUAAACCGGCGGACAAUGUUAAAGCACCCCCCGAGAAGAGUCCCAGCAAACAGCCUUUAAUACAGGCCGAACUAAGACCCAAUGAUAGUGUAGUCUCUUUUCUCAAUGAAAAGGCGGCUACAUUAAAAUCAAACGAUUUUAAUGAUAAAAUAACCAAAGUAACUGCCACUAUAGUGUUGCCCACUAGUACUGGGCCCUGCACAACAACUACCAAUACACAACAAUCUAAAACUGUUACAACCACAACGACAGCGGCGGCAAAACGUGUUGUGGCGGGUACAGCCGAAAGUGGUCGGGAAUUGAAGAGUUUAACCACUUUCGCUACCACCACAACUAAGCCCACGAUCACAGAUAUAGUAAGUACAAAACCAGCUGUUAGCACAACUAUGGCCAGCAUUGCCAGUAGCAGCAGUAGUGUACCCACUAGCACUACUUUUGCGGUGACAAUGUUGCCUUCUGUCACUACAACGGCUACAAAACCCACAGUCUCUUCUAUAAGUAAACCAACUACAGCGGCGACAGCAACAGCUACAAAACCACAAACUUCGGCCAGCACUGCGACAAGUGUGGCCAACUGUAUAACGAAACCAAUGCCUACUUCCACAGCGUUUACAACAGCUCCAGCUACAAAAUCAAAUGUAGAAACUAUAAAUAAAACAAUGGCUGCCAUUAAAACGACAACUUCAGCUACAUUAGCUACAGCAAAUAUUAAAACUACAACAAUUGUAGUGAAUAGUAAUAAUAACAUGACUACAAGUACUGCAACAACUACGACAAAUCAAACAACAAUUACAGCUGCUACAGCUUAUACUGCAACGUCACAAGUUAAGCCACAAACUGUGCAAACGGCAGCCUCUGUGACAGCAAAGCAACAAACUACAACUGCCGCGGAAGUCGCAAAACCAUUAACAGCGUUUAGUUCUAUUACAUCUACAAAAACUAACGAUGCCACCACCAAACCACAAACUCCUACAACAGCCACAGUAACUUCUUUAUGUAAACCACAAACUCCAGUCACUAGCACUGCAGCAAUAACUUCACAAACUUCUACAACAGCAGUCAAAACUCCCACCACUACUACCAAGCCACAAACACCCACAACAGUGGCAGUGUCUUCCUCACUAACUGCAACGACAAAGUCAGAUUCAGCUGCAAAACUUACUACAACUACAAAACCACAAACUCAUACUAGCAACACAACAUCAGCAAUCAAUACCACAAUUGCUACAACUUCUGCCACAAAACCACAACCCAUAGCCAGCACAACAGCUGCAACAUUAGCCACAAAACCACAAACUAUAGCAGCUGUAACAAAACCUACUACUUUAACUACAAGUGUAGCAAAACCAACACUUUCAGCCACUACAGCUACAACUGUACAAAGUGUAGGAAAAUCCAAAACAACUUCCACAGCAGCUGAUACAGCUAACACUAUACAAAGUGUAGUAAAAACCAACAUACCAUCCACAGCAGCUACAACUACAAAACCUUUAGUUUCAACCACGGCAACUACAACUAUACAAAAUGUAGGAAAAUCUCCCACAACUAGCCCAGCAGCUAUAACUACAAAACCUUUAACUUCAGCCACUUCAACCGUACAAACAUCAGGCAAAACCCCCAUAACUACAACUGCAAAAACUGUAGCAACAACUGCACAAAGUACAAGCAAAACUCCCAUAACUUCUACAGUAACCACAACUACAAAACCCUUAACAUCAACAAUAACACAAGAUAAAACACCAACACAAACUGCAAAACCUUUAGAUACAACAACAAUAAGUGUGACAACAACCACACAAAGUGCAGCAAAAUCCCCCUUAGCUUCCACAGUAACCACAACUACAAAACCUUUAACAUCAACAAUACAACAAGAUAAAACAACUAUACAAACUUCAAAACCUUUAGCUGCAACUACAUCAUCAUCCACCACCACUAACACUGCAGCCCCUAUCAAUGUGCCAACCACAAAAAUUGCCAAAACUACUUUAGUUACCACAAAUGAAAAACCCAUUAGCUCAACUACCAUACAAAAACCAACAAUAAAACCAGCGACUACUACAAUUCAAACAACCGCAGCUGCGCCUGCAACAGCUGCUGCAAAACUUCAAAGCACCACAGCAAGCACAACAACAACAACAAACACCUCAGCCUCAACCACAACAAUAGCUAAAACUACAAAGUAGUUUUAUUAACAAUAUAGUUGAAAUUUAAUAAAUUACCUAAUUACUUUAGCUGAUAAAACAAAAAUAUUCGACACACCUAACGAAAGCGGUUGCAAAUUUUGAAAGAUUUAUUUUAUAUUUUAACAUUUCAACACGUGAUUAUUUGAGUUUAGACCUGAUUUAAAUGAAGUAGAAAAAUUUUUAAUGAAAAGAAAUCUUAUUUUCAAAUAAUUUUGUAUAGUUUUUGUAAAGCCGAAAUGAAAUUUUUAUAGUAAACGUUUUUUAAACUAUUGAAGAGAUACAGACUAAAAUUUACACUAUAAUCCUGGCAGUAAGUAGUCCAGAUUAUAGUGUAAAUUAUAGACUAUAGUCCACACUAAGAUUGUCUGGUAUUGAGUAAAAUAAAAAAGAUUUUAAAUGCUAUUUGUUUGAUAAUUUUAUAUUGAUAUCACUGACUGAAUACUGAAUAAUGUCAAAUGUUCAAUAUUUUUCUGGUAAUUAAUGAAUCUUUUAUACUUUGUAAAACAUUGUUACUAAAUUUACAUUAACAUUGUUCCUUUUAUAAACUAAUAAGUCAAUUUAUUUAUAUUUAAAACAAAAAUAAUUCUGAAGUAUUUACUAUUUGUUAAAUUUCAUUUUGAAAUGCAAUUUUUUACAUAUUCCAUUAAGAAUGAAUGUCGGAGUGAAAUGAAAAGGCAGGAGCUUAUAUACAACAGCUGUCCAAACUAUAGAUUAGACUAUAGUCUAAACUAUAGACUAGACUAGACUAUAGUCAAAACUAUAGAUUAGACUAUAGUCUAAACUAUAGACUAGA